GGUCUGUCCCGCAGCGGUCACUCGGCCACUUGCGCGCAUGCGCCGACCCCGCGGCGUCCUCCCCGGCUCCUUCCCUCCUUCAUCCGGGUCCUGGACGAGCGGGCGCCGUGCGCGUGUCCCGCUGCCGAGCUGCUAAUAAAGUUGCGCUGAGGAGAAGCGCAGCGACGGCGCCGGGAGAGCGCGCGCCGCCGGCCCGGCUUGAACCAAUGAAAGAAGCUUCUGGCACUUACGAAGAUAAAUGUCACUCCUUCCUUUUAAAUAGCAACUUUUGCUUAGGGCCUGUAUAUGACUUUCCACCUGUGAUCUGUAUGUUCAGUAGACACUGACUUUGAGUUGCAGAAAGGUUUCUGAAGAUUUAAAUCAAAUGACGUCAAUGGCCAGCUUGUUUUCUUUUACUAGUCCAGCAGUAAAACGAUUGUUGGGCUGGAAGCAAGGUGAUGAAGAGGAGAAAUGGGCAGAAAAGGCAGUCGAUGCUUUGGUGAAAAAACUAAAAAAGAAAAAAGGUGCCAUGGAGGAACUGGAGAAAGCCUUGAGCAGUCCAGGCCAGCCCAGCAAAUGUGUCACUAUCCCCAGAUCUUUAGAUGGACGCCUGCAGGUUUCUCACAGGAAAGGCUUACCCCACGUUAUAUACUGUCGUGUUUGGCGCUGGCCUGAUCUGCAGAGUCAUCAUGAGCUAAAGCCAUUGGAUAUUUGUGAAUUUCCUUUUGGAUCUAAGCAAAAAGAAGUUUGUAUCAACCCAUACCACUAUAAGAGAGUGGAGAGUCCAGUCUUACCUCCAGUAUUAGUGCCUCGUCAUAAUGAAUUCAAUCCACAACACAGCCUUCUGGUUCAGUUUAGAAACUUAAGCCACAAUGAACCGCACAUGCCACAAAAUGCAACGUUUCCUGAUUCUUUCCAUCAGCCCAACAACACUCCUUUUCCCUUAUCUCCAAAUAGUCCCUACCCUCCUUCCCCUGCUAGCAGCACAUAUCCCAACUCCCCAGCAAGUUCUGGACCAGGAAGUCCAUUUCAGCUCCCAGCUGAUACUCCUCCUCCUGCCUAUAUGCCACCAGAUGAUCAGAUGGGUCAAGAUAAUUCCCAACCCAUGGAUACAAGCAAUAAUAUGAUUCCUCAGAUUAUGCCCAGUAUAUCCAGCAGAGAUGUUCAGCCUGUCGCCUAUGAAGAGCCCAAACAUUGGUGUUCAAUUGUCUAUUAUGAAUUAAACAAUCGUGUUGGGGAAGCUUUUCAUGCAUCUUCUACUAGUGUGUUAGUAGAUGGAUUCACAGACCCUUCAAAUAACAAAAGUAGAUUCUGCUUGGGAUUGUUGUCAAAUGUUAAUCGUAAUUCAACAAUUGAAAACACUAGGCGACAUAUUGGAAAAGGUGUUCAUCUGUACUAUGUUGGUGGAGAGGUAUAUGCAGAGUGCCUCAGUGACAGCAGCAUAUUUGUUCAGAGUAGGAACUGCAACUUUCAUCAUGGCUUUCAUCCUACCACUGUCUGUAAGAUUCCCAGCAGCUGCAGCCUCAAAAUUUUUAACAAUCAGGAAUUUGCUCAGCUUCUGGCUCAGUCUGUCAACCAUGGAUUUGAGGCAGUAUAUGAGCUCACCAAAAUGUGUACCAUUCGAAUGAGUUUUGUCAAGGGCUGGGGAGCAGAGUAUCACCGGCAAGAUGUUACCAGCACCCCAUGUUGGAUUGAGAUUCAUCUUCAUGGGCCUCUUCAGUGGCUAGAUAAAGUCCUCACUCAGAUGGGCUCCCCGCUAAACCCCAUUUCUUCUGUUUCAUAGUGCAGAAGUAUUCUUUCUCACUUAUAUUAUUAGUGGACUUGUUUUAAUUUUAGGGAAACUUCCAGUACAGAUACUGUGAGCUUACAUGGAAAACAGAUUUUACAGCUUAUUUUUUUUUCUACAUAAUUGUGACCAAUACAUUUGUUUUUGUGAUGAAUCAACAUUUGUUUGUAUUCAUGUUCAUGUGAUUAACUCUCAAAAGUGUUGUGAAAGAUGCAGAGUAAGUCUUGUGCCCUGGUUCAAAAGUUUGGCAUUGAUCUUAAACUGGAACAUACUUUUGCCUUAUUGUCCCAACAGUUUUUUUAUUUGUGAAAUUUUUUUUGGAAAAGUAAUGCAUCACAUGGUAAAGAAUUUUAACAGUAUAAGAGGGUGUUCAUUGAAAGUCUUCCGUUCUAGUCUUGAUUCUGCAGAACUGUGCUUUUACCAGUUUCUUAGUCCCACCAACUUUAAAAAAGUAUAUAUCAUUGUUUUAUAAAAGCAUAUGGUAGGGACUUAAAAGAAACUAUAAAAAAAUCUUUUAUUUGAUGGAACACUAUGCACUGCUCUAACAAGUAGUGUUCAAUAAAAGCCAAGUGAUAAUUUUCUAAAUGACAUCAUAAAAUUUACAUUUAAUACAGCUGAAUGUCAUCAGUGUAUUAUGACUCCACUCAGUAUAUCUUUUGUAAAACUUCUCCUUUUAUAAAAAAAAAAGUUACUGCGAACAGCAGAUCUCCAUUAUAUGUCAUUUACUCACAUCUGUCACGAGUAUUACUUAAUGGCUAGUGACAGUGCGUGCAUGGCCGUGCUCAGCUGUGUUUGCUGCUUUUGGCCAAUAUUGCAAGAACUCUAAUUUUGACAUGCAUUAAUCUUUUAUUUUGCACUUUGAUGGGUGACAGUUUUUAGUGUAACCUUCGUGAAACACACUCUAGUGACUUGGACUUAAGUGCUCAUCCUUGCUUCCUUGGUACCCCUUUUGUAUUAAACACUGCAAUUUAUAGAUUACAGUUAUAGAAAGUUAUGCUUUUUCUAGCUUUUGUUGUAUUUUCAACCUAGAUUAUUAGACUGUUAUCCUAUAGCUCCAAUUUAAGGUUUCUUUUUAAUUCCUUGCAGUUUUAUGGAUGAUAUUAAUGUUGGAAAAUCUACUUAAUCCCAUUGCUGUUAACUUACAUCAGUCUCCCAUGCAGGGACCUGUGUCUUAUAGCCAUAGGAGCCUCUUCAGCCUGGCCCCAAUGAUGAGGCCACCUAUCUGAUGUAUGAGUCAGUCAGCAGUGGUUGUUGAGCUAGCUGGUUUGAAAACAUUCACAUAUCAAAGAAUACAGACUGUUCUCUCAGUUACCAUGCAUGCUCUUCCAUUUUUUUAAGCACCUAUGUGGAUGCUAGUCUCAACAAUCCUUAGGAAAGACACAAAAACUCUAAAAUAUUUUUUUAAUCAGUCAUAUGUAAGGGCUUUGAGUGAAGGACGCAUAACCUCUUUUCCUAAGAAACAGUACAGUGGACACUUAGUUAUGGCAUGAAGAACAAAGAUGUUACUUUGGGGGGGAAAAAUCACCUAAUUUACCUAUUAGAAGAAGCUUAUUUUUCAGUGUCUUUUGAAAAUACGUGGAGCCAUGUCAAUCUUCUUUUUAAAAUGUUAGUUUUGUUAGACUUUCUUCUUUGCCCUUUCUGCUUUUAUGCGGGGAAAAAAUGCAUUUUUGAGGAAAGGAGAAUGCAGUUUUUUGUUUUCCGUAACAUUUACUGCUUUUAUAAAGUGCAGCCAAUGGAUGGCUUUAGUUUUCUCAGAUGCAGUGCCAUUCAUGUUUCAGCUCUCAGUCCUUGGGUAAGUGAAAAUCUCUGACAGUAACCUGAGCCUUAAACAUCAGUUUUAUACGACAUGCAUUCUCAGUCUUCCAGAAUUGUGUCAGCCACACAAAAGAGGAUUAUUUGCUUAGUGAUAGAACUUAGUUAUUUACAUCGUUGUACACUUAGCCAGGUUCAUGGCACAAUCUUUGAAACACAUUUGUAGAAAAAUCACCUAGGGUGACUGGCAUAUGCAUGUAAUCAAUAAUCAACAUCAGUGGGCCUGAACUGAUGGAAACUAUUGUUUUUAUUGAUGCUUUCAACUGAGUUAAUUAAAAAUUGUUUUUAUUCAUGUAGCAACCUUUAGAGUUAGCAAGAUUUUAUGUGAUUGGCUUUUUCUGCGUUUUCUGUAAGGAGUUGUGUUUCAUGAAUGACAGUACUGAAGCUAUUAACUGGUAAGAGUUUCAUGGAAAAGUAUAAGCCUAUUGUAUUUCCUAAAAGCUGUUAACUCCACACCCCUGGGUUUUACAUGAAAACUUCAUUCAAUCCAGCAGAUCCUGUAAUUCUUGACGAUGCUCAGUACAGGACUGGAUGGGAAAUAAAAAUUAGCCAGUAAGAUUAAAAAAACUAAAAUUUUACCAAUGAGAAAAGUACCUCUGAAAGAAACCAUUUCAUAAAAUUACAGUUUUAAGUUUUUAUUUAAUCUCCAGAAUGGUGUAUAGUCAAAUUUAUGAAAGCAUCAUCACACCCAAAAUGAUCUUGUUUUAUAGCAUUACAGCAUAUAAAUAUAUGCCAACUGAAAAGACAGAGCCUGGGAAUAAUAAAACUACAACCACUUUGGUAAAUGAGAAAAAGAGGAAUAGAAUCAAAAUUAAUCUAAGUUAUGUAUUAAAGUAGGAUUUCUCUGGUGGCUCAGACAGUAAAGCGUCUAUCUACAAUGCGGGAGACCCGGGUUCGAUCCCUGGGUCGGGGAGAUCCCCUGGAGAAGGAAAUGGCACCCCACUCCAGCACUAUUGCCUGGAAAAUCCCAUGGACACAGGAGCCUGGUAGGCUACAGUCCAUGGGGUCGCAAAGAGUCAGACACGACUGAGCGAAGGCAAUCAGUCAAUCAAUGUAUUAAAGCAACAAAAAUAUACUGACUGGAAAAAAAAACAACAGCAAAAUUUAAGAGGUGCAUCUGACUACUGUAUCUCUACGUAAUUACCGGGCUUAAGUUACGGAAUAUAAACUAGUAGGCAUGUUAUUGAUCUACUGAAGUGAACUUUUUUCCUUUAGAGAAAAUUUAAAGAAAACAUCGAUCUAAAUGUCAAAUAUAUACAACAGAGUAUAAAUCAUUUUUUCCAUUCUCUUGUUAUAUAAGUAAACUAUGAGAAUAGAAUUGGCUGGGUUUCUGAGGUGAAAUCCACAAUAAGAUUACUAGGUAGUUCAGUAAGUUAUACCUAACAGUAUGAAAAGAGGGUAUAGCUAUUUUAUACUUUUCAUAACAUUUGAGAGUAAGACAUUCUUUUAGGAUGGAAAAUGAUCAGUAAGUAUUUAGAUCUGAAGUCUGUUGUCAAGAUAAGGACUGGGGCUCACAUUAUAUAACCUUCAGUAUUUAUCUUAGAGUACCUGGAAGAAACAGUUCCCCUGUCAUAGUGUUCUUUUAAAGGAGAAAGUUUAUGCAAAAAUGAAAUCAUGCCAGUAACAGAGAAACUGUAAAUUCAAGUUUGAUAGUACCUGCUUAAGUGUUGUACUUCCAUUGCAGAGAGCAUCUAAUAUCCCAGUUUAGAUCUGUUUCUUUAUACUUUUUCUAGUUGCUUGCUUAAUGUUAUGUUAAGUCAUUAUAACUCUCCCACUUAAAAUAUAUUAAUAUCUUUUAUAUUUUCUGAAGAACGAGACAUCUUUUAUAAUUAUUAAAUUUAUCUUCUAAUGAUGAUUAAAAUUUUGGACCUACUAACUUUGAAGAGGCUCAGAGCUUUUCCUUAUCUUAUUAUAAUAGAUUCUUACUUAAGUCUCUCUGGUAGGAAUUAUGAAUGUGUCCUCAUUAUACCCAUCAACUAGAUAAGCAAGAAUCUUUUAACAUAGUAGAUAGCCUGGUGGUUUUAGAAGUCUUUGGUGAUUUUUAUUGGUGGGAGUUUUCCUAAGUAUUGGUUUAUGGACAUCUCCUCAGAUUCUAGCACAGCAUUUCUUGGGUGGUAAUCACGGGUUUGAUGCCUAGCUCCCUGAGAGAAUAGCAUUUUCCUCACUAACACAGGUGGGACUCUGAGGAGGUUUUCUUCUCAUAGAACAUGCAUGUGUGGAGAGAACCUGAGGCAUUUCUUCUGUGUAAACGGUUGUACCUGCUAAACAGAAAGGUGGACCGUUCUUUGCAAUUCACUGGAUUACAGUUUAGCAUGUCCUAAUUACAAGAGGUAAGAGUAUUUGUCAAGCCUUUGUUAUAUUGGCUUUUUCAUAAUAGAAACUUCUCUUUUAAAAUGAAUUAUUAUAAUUGAAGUGUUAUUUUAAAAUUGGAUGAUUUACAGAAACAAAUGAGAAUUUUUUCAAUUUUUCAAAUUAAAAAAAAUAAAUUUCAAGAAUUUAUCAAUCUUUUUUUUUAAAUAAGAGCUUAUACUUUAAUAUUUGCUGGUAGCAAUUGCUGUAAAACAAGUGAUGAGUUGUUUUGUUGAAAAGAUCCAGUCUCAGAAUAGGAUUCUUCUGUUAUUUAUGACAGAGUGAGAAAGGUUUGUUUAGUUCUCAUCCAAAUAAUUCAGUUCUUAAAAUUCUUAAAAUUUGAAAUUGUUGUAAACCAUGGUCCUUUAAGGAUUUAUUUGAGGAUACUGUUUUUUAAAAGUUUGAAUUUUUGUGUAGAGGUAGAUUUUUUUUUUACCCUAUCGAUAGAUAGUGCCUUCUUACUACUAGCUGGUGUUGGCUAUAACAGAACUCCAGUGAGGCCAAGCAAUCCCAAAUAAAGGAGAAAUCUUUUAUUAGAGUCAGAAAUCUUUUAUAAUAGUCUAAUACCAUUGGAGAUGAUGUUGCUUUGAUUUAUUCAUAAAGUAUUUUAACUGUAGGGACUCUUGAAGAUAAUAGUUGGGCAAGUGCUUUUCUUUUCAACAUGGUUGGUUAAAGUUGCAUUUUGAAAAUCACUUACAUUAAAAUUGAGUAGAAUUGUAAUCAUGAAAACUGGGUAUAUAUGUGUAAUCCUACCAGUGUUCUCUUAAAAAGAUGCUUCAUAUGAGGAUGAUAAAGACCAAACCAAUGGCUGCACUAUAGGUCUGCUUCUUACUUGUACUUGUUCUCCUUCUGUUUAUGUUGUAGAAAAUGAAAUUCUAGCAACAUGCUUCAAUUCUGUUAUCAUUUUGAUACUUAUAAAUAUGUAUUAGGUUUUACUAUAUUGUGCUUUUCAAAGCCAUAACUCUUUUAAGAACUUUGUUUUUGCAUAUUGUUUGCUAAUACUUUAUUUUAAUAAAUCUCAAAAUCUG